CAUGGCAGCGAUCAGCGGAAGUGUGAAUUUUUGCCAAUUUUCUUCAAAAGUGACCGAUUUAGUGGGGAUUGAAACUGCUUAUGAUGAUGAUUAUGUCAUAAUUUCGUGUAGAACAAGAAGUGUUUUGUUAGUCAAUUCUGCAGACAAGAAGAUUGUUCAUAAUUGGUCAAUAAAGCAUGGAAGCAGUGUAACCUGUCCUGCAGUCCUGGGACCCUCAACAUCAGAAUAUGUCACGGUUCAGAAUGACAAGUCGAUCAGGGUGUUCUCCAAGGAUACGACAUUAGAAAAAUGUAAAAAGUUUCAUGCAUCUUCUCCAGUUCAUCGCAUCCUGUCCAACAAAGGUCAAGAUGUGGCUGUUGUGUAUCAAAAUGGAUCUGUGUCUUCGUUAGGUGAUGUUGAGCAACUGAGCACAACACCUCGUGAUGGACUCGUCUACUGUGCCUUGACAACGGCAGGAAAAUAUGCUUAUGUUAGCACCGUUCAUAAAAAAGUGGAUUCAACAGUCGAAGUUGUGGUUAAUCGCAAAGUUGGAGAAACAUAUACGGAGGAGAGGACAGUGACCUUAGAAAGAAGUGGCCACAUUCUGUUGGCGACAUGUGAACAAUGUCUGGAGAAGAGAACAAACUUAUUAUUUCUAUGGUCUGAUGGUUGUCUCCAGUCACUUCCCAUAACUGACAACAUAGACCAGGCUAGGAUACUUCAACAUAUCCCAAACAUCACCAACAACACUUCUAUGAUAGGGAUAGACUCGACCCAUAUAGCCCUGUCUGCCUAUCAUUCGAAGGACGCUGAAAAAGGCAUUGGGAUAUGGGACACUAAAUAUGGCACAUUAUUGGCAUGGAAAGGCUACCCUGAAGACUGUCAAACACAUAAGCUAUAUAAACAUAAGAAUUCACUGCUGAUGCCCUGUGGGAAGUCUGUUUAUCAGUACCACUUGGAGAUCACUCCAUCAACACUCUCGGCUGCUCUGGGAAGCUUCACAGACUCGGUGAAUAAGACCCUAGAGGUGAGCUCACAGCAACCAGCACUGUCAAGUUGGAACUUAGAAACAGAGGUAGGUUCGUCUGGUUCCAGCGAGAUCUCACAAAUUAUGAUAGAUCUGAAAAAUGCUUCAAAGGCCAACAAUUCAAAGAAGUUUACUAAUGCUUUGAAGAGAUUUUUAACGAAAAUCUCAAAAGACGAUGCCACCCACAGCAUGGAAGUGAUGAACAGUGCAGUUGAGAUUUGGCAGUAUUGCAUUCAAGGGAAAGAUCUUUGGCCGUCGAAGCAGAUUAUUGAGCUGGUUGAGUGUAAACUUGUGCCAUCAAGCAUGAUAGAUGAGAUAUGUACUGCCAUCAUCAAACGUGCCAAUGCCAGUGUUGUUCACACUGUGAUAGAGAACAUCCACGACCUGCCAGAAUCUCUCCUCGUCAAGGCUCUCGAAUGUUACUUGAGGUUGAACCGAGAUGACAAAUCUGAGGUGAAAGACAGCGGGCUGGAAGACCCAGAUCUGGUGGCUAAGAUUGACAAGGUUUUAUCACAACCCUACAGCGAUGUGUUUUUGGUGGAAUAUCUCAGAAAAAUGGACUUCCAGUAUGUUUUGAUGUUAUUGAGGUACCUUUACAUUCUACUCAGCGGUUCAAAAUUGUUCAAGAAUGAAUCAGAAUUACAUCUCUCGAGAUUUCAGGUUGUUGACUGGAUUAAUCUCCUCUUGGACGCACACUUCACUCAACUUGUCUUGUCAGCUGACGCCCAUACAACACUUGUCAAGAUGCAUGAAACAGUCAGUGCUCAGGUGAGCCUCCAUGAUGAGCUGGUCAGCCUGGACGCCUUGCUGUCACAGCUGAAAGAGCAGUGUGAUAUACCCCAGAAGAAGGGAGUCGGCAUGUACAGCAUUGAAGUGCUUCAUGUUUUAUAAAACGUUGGAUGGAAAUGUUCAGGAGUAAUGAAUUGACUCUUCGUUUGAGCAAGAUUAAAAACUUAAAAGGCUUCAAUUCUGCUGUGUAGUGGCACAGAGCAGUUGUGUGUUAUGGCUUUGUUCACAAAGUUUUUCGCAGAAUGCACAGUGUGAACCUUGAAUGUAGAAAAAGACCAUCGCGGCUCAAAAAUGACAAAAGACAGUUGAAUGUAUCUGACCCUCUGUUACUGUCAGAUGAACUAGAAAAUGUAGUCUGAGAACUGACAAGAUAUUGUGAAUAAUGAAAUAAAGGGAACAAUUGUUGUAAAUUA